CCUUAACAACAUAUAUAAAGUCUAUGUUUUUCUGUAUGGUUUACUAAUCUUUUUAUUCGCCUAGUUUUAUAGGAAGCAUUAAUACUUGAAGUGAGAGAUAGCUAUAUGACUGACUCGUUACUGCAAGUUGAAUAGAUUCCUUAUCAGCUGAGUUUGGGCAGAGUAAAUUUAGUGACUACAACAAGAUACUACUUGAGGUAUGAAAGUCAUCAAUGAUGAAGUUCUAAAGAAGGAUAAUCAUAGGAUAAAAGUCAUCAAGUAAUUACUAGAUAAUACUACUCAAAAUGAUAAGCUCAAACAAAGAGAUAUUAAAUGUUCAAAAAUAGCUGCUAUUAAGACUCCUUGUAUCCGACCAAUCCAUAUUGUGCUUAUUAUUACUAUUAUUUUGUAGCCCAGACAGAAAUCGCUAUUUGAAGCUGUAUAGCUUUGUCAACAAGUAGAAAUUUAAACAAUUCCGUUAGUUGAGAAGGACAUAUUCACAACUCAAAAAACGCCGGACGUUCGUAAAUCUGAUAAAUAUAUAUAUAUCGUUAAUAUAAUCAAGUUUCAUUUUAGAUCAAACAUUUUUCAGAGCCUUUCUCCAGAUGUGUUGGUAGGAUUCCUAAGCGAACUUGAAACAAAAACAUUGUUAAAUUGAUACUGUUGGCAUUCAGCGAACUGUUCUCAGCGAACUGCAUGGCGUUCUUGAACUAUUCACAGGCUUAGUGUACCAUCUAUAAAAAUUUGUUCACGUACGUUCGCUGGAAACCAUAUUUCUACCAGAAACGAGUGUGAUCUUAAUUAAAUAUUUUAAAGUAGUUUAGACCACAUUUAUCACAGCUUUGCAACUUUGAAUUAAAUAAUUUCAUGUUCAUGGCAAGUGAAUGAAUGCAAACGAACUGUUGAAAAUGGUAUAUCAGAUCAAUAAUUCCGAUUUAAUUUAUUUGUUGGCUUACCUCAAUAAUACCGUCUACUCGAACGAAACUCUUCCCUGGCCUAGCCAGCCAGACGAAGAAACCGUUAAACCCUACUACGGUGAUCACUUGGAAACCUUUAAGGCUCGAUACAUUCCAGUUCAUGGAUAUUUGAGUCUCAUAAUUUGUAUCUUCGGAAUCAUGACCAAUAUAUUAAACAUUAUAGUUUUAACUAGAAACAACAUGGUGUCUCCAACUAACGCUAUACUAACGGGUUUGGCUGUAGCCGACAUGUUUGUUAUGGCGUCCUACGUCCCAUUUACCAUUCAUACUCAUAUUCACUCCUACCAACAGGAAGAAGAUAAGUAUUCGUACGCUUGGGCCGUUUUCACACUUUUUCAUGCACAUUUUACCGUUGUGUGUCACACCAUCUCUAUCUGGCUGACGGUGACGUUAGCCAUCUGGAGGUUCUUGUCUGUCAGUUUCCCUGCCAACAGCAAGAAGUGGUGUACGAUGCCCAGGGCAGAAUGUGCCAUCAUUUCUACGUACGUAACAUGCGCAUUGUUUUGUAUACCAAUGUAUCUGACAUUUACCAUAUCGGAGGAACAGAAGGACACGCUACAGUACAAAGUGAACUUUAGCGCGAUCGCCACCAGAAAUAACCGUUUCCUGGAAAAGACCAAUUUCUGGGUGUUUAGCGUCUUGACGAAGCUAGUACCUUGCGUUCUUCUCACCGGACUCAGCGUUGGACUCAUACGUGUUCUUUACGAGGCGGAUGUGCGCAAAAAAAGGUUGAAAAAUCGAGCCAGCAGCGAUAAAUCCUCAGAUCGUACUACCAGGAUGCUAUUGGCCGUACUCCUGCUCUUUCUUAUCACCGAGUUUCCCUCCGGAAUCCUCGCCUUGUUGAGUGGUAUUCUCGGCAAGCCAUUUUUCUUCAAUGUCUACCUCAACUUUGGAGAGGUAAUGGACAUGCUGGCGUUGAUCAACAGUGGCGUGAACUUUGUUCUGUAUUGUUCUAUGAGUAGACUGUUUCGUAAGACUUUUGCCGAACUUUUCACUCCAAAAAUUGUGUCAAAAUGGAUGUCUGUACCCAACGAACCCACUACUUUCGCUACUACUUGUGUGUAGAAGUCAAAUAUGAAUCAAAUGCUGAUGUGAAACUUGUAUUGAUUGAGCUUAGCCUGCGACAUAUUGUUAUUGAAGAAUAAGUGGGGAUUAUAAAUCUUCAUUACAGUGAUAAACUUCUUGUGCUACUACCAGAUUCGGCAUAUUCUUAAAUCGUUGACCACCCCCCGAAAAAACAACAACAACCCUUAAAGCCAUAAAGGUUAAGUUGAUACUAGCUACUACCAACGUUUCAUUUUCAUCUUGACCUGAGGGCCUUCUAUUUGAUGCUACCGUUCAAUAGACAUAGAUAUCUCGUUGUGGCAAGGAGUCGAAGAUGUCUGAAGAUGUGCUGUUGUAACAGAAUUUUAACACAGAUUUUGUUUUAAAAAGUGGAUAGGUAAAUUAUGAACACAGGUUGACGUAAUCAACUGUUACAGAGCCUGAGAGGGUUUAUUUGCACUGGAUUCUGCUUCGUGGUUCAGGUGAAAAGUAGUACUUGUUAUCUAAUGUUCGUGUUUUUGUAGAAAGACAAUACCACUGGAGUAAUGGAGUUCAGUGCUUGGGGCUAUAAAACCUCUUAGGUCUGUUACAGAGGGUUAUUAUUCAGUGUUAUUACAUACCGGUUAUUCACUAAUUAACUCCGUGAAGUAGAUUAAAUGUUAUUUUGUUGUUCGAUAACGUAUCUUGUUAUAUUAGCCUAUUCUUUGCUGUAUAUUUAAUAAUAUUUGUCUUGUUAUAAUAUAUAUAUAUAUAUUCCAAGUAUUAAGAGCGCCACCUUUGAUCUAUUUCUGUGGAGAUAGAACGUGUAGAAUUUUGAUUUUGAUCACUCAGUACUGUACGUGCACUGAAUAUUAAACUGUACACCGUUAUUACCGAUCUGUUUUAACGUUUAUUCGUUAUCCAGCUUCUCCAUUCACUCUUUGCUUAUACCAAAAUUUCACUUUUUUCAGAGAUUUAUAUAAUUUGAAACAUGCGCUUUUCUAUUGAUUUGCCUUAUAAACCAAUACAUGACGUGGUCUAGAGACAAGUAUUAUUAUUAUUAUAAUAUACAUAAGUGUUACUUUACCCCUAACGUUUUUUCGACGACAGAUGAAAUGAAUAACAAUGCGGGUUAUUAGCAAUUUCAUAUUAGCAUUAAUUAAUCGUGAGUUUUCAAUUUCCGUCAUUUGGAAAUUUAUUUCCGCUCAAAGAGAAAGUAAAACAUAGUCUGUGAAAUGUAUUUUUUUUU